UGAUUAGACUAUAACACCUUUUUUUGAUGGAAACUAUAUUGGUCGAAUGUCACUGUGUUUGACCCUGUUGUUGUAAGAUUACAUGUUUGCAGUGUUGUUUUGCAGCGGCAGCAGUAACUAGCAUAGCCCAAUACAGUUACAUAAAGGACGCAAUGGCGUCGCAAGUUCACGAAAGUGUCAAGAAUUACUAUGGCUCGCGAUUGGAAACUUCUGCAGAUCUGCAGACGAGUGCUACGUCGUGCUCCAGGCCUCCACCUUUAAUGCGGAAAAGCGCCCGGGAUGCCUUAAAAGUAGUUCACCCUGAUGUGUGCAAAAGGUUCUUUGGCUGUGGUCUUGUGAUCCCAGAGAAACUGGAGGGAUGUAAAGUGUUGGAUCUGGGCAGUGGUUCGGGACGAGAUUGCUACGUCAUCGGCAAAAUGGUUGGGGAGCAUGGCCAAGUGACUGGCAUCGACAUGACAGAAUCACUGGUCUCUGCCGCGCAGAAGUUUGUUCAGUACCACCAGGAGACGUUUGGUUACAAAAAACCCAACACUGUGUUUGUGCAGGGUUAUAUGGAGAAGCUUGAUGAAGCUGGGAUACAAAGUAACUCUUUAGAUGUGGUGGUGUCUAACUGUGUGAUAUGCUUGUGCCCUGACAAGCGGGCCGUGCUAAUGGAAGCCUACAGAGUGCUCAAGGAAGGAGGGGAGCUCUACUUCAGCGAUAUGUAUGCCAGUGAAGUUGUGCCAGAAUCCUUCAAGGAAGAUCCUGUCUUGUGGGGUGAAGGAAUGGCUGGCUCCCUCUACUGGCAAGAUUUAAUUUCAAUGGUGAAGGAGAUUGGUUUCAGCAUUCCCUACCUUGUGGCUGCAACUCAUAUUGUGGUCCACAACUGUGAACUCUUAAAAAAAACAGGUGGUGUUAAAUAUGCCUCCGGAACAUACCGUUUCUUUAAAUUACCCAAGACCACUUUGGAGAAGAAGGCGCUGGUGACGUACAAAGGAACGGUGUUGGACUGCGCAGAACAGCUGGAUUUUGAUGCCUCACAUUCCUUUAAAACGAACGUUGCUGUGGAGGUUGAUGGUGAGAUGGCCACUGUACUGCAGUGCACACGCUUUUCUGCAGACUUCAGCAUCCAGAUGUUGGACACCCCUCAUCAGAAGCCAUCAAAGUACUGCCACCUCAGCCCUUUCCUACUCGCCGAUAAACUUGGAGCCUCUGUAAAGCAGUGCUCUAAAACAGAAGUCGGCGGAGGAGCAGAUGGACUGUCCGACGGAGCAUGUGGCGGAGGUGGGACCACUGGGGGCUGUGGUCAGUGAGGAAGAUCACAGAUGAUGCUGUCAGUGCCACCUGAACCAUAGAUAUCUAUAUCUAUGACUUGAACGCUUAUGAUUAAGUGGUAGAACAUGCCAGAGAUCACAUGGCCUUUAGAUGGACUCAGAUUACGAAGGUGUGUUUAACAGAAGAAACACCUCAUGUAUGAUCAUAAAUAACAGUUUAUGUGUUAUGCUAUUGAGUUAUUACAUUCAAGUGUAUUCAUUUGAUAAUGGUGAGGCGUUUUGAGUGGCUGACUUUCAGAGCUAUUUAGUAAAGGAGCAUGGUGAUUUGGAAAUAAUCAUGAUCCAGUUAGGCAUUCUGCUCAUUAUCAGUGACCCUUUCCAAGCCAUCUUCCCUAAAGACCUGAAUCUGUCCAGAAUGUGUUUUGUAAUGUUUAAAACUAAAGUAUAUCUCUUUGGUUAGCUGUCUCUCUAACCUAAUUAUUUUGUACGUUUUACAGAAUGAUUUUCUAGUAUUCUCCUUUCAUUGGAGCCUCUUAAUGAUGUGUCUAUUUGUCUGACUGUCUGUAGAAACCACAUAAAGAAGCAUAUUAUCACAAAAAAUGUCUAAAAUGAUUGCCAUUAAACACAGCAAUAAUGAUUUUACUGAUUAAAGUGACAACAGGAUGAAAUCA